AAUCAGAAACAAUGGGUGACUGGAGUUUUCUGGGAAGACUAUUAGAAAAUGCACAAGAACACUCCACUGUCAUUGGAAAAGUCUGGUUGACCGUAUUAUUUAUCUUCCGGAUCUUGGUUCUAGGAGCCGCAGCAGAAGAGGUCUGGGGAGACGAGCAGUCUGACUUUACUUGUAACACCCAGCAGCCCGGUUGUGAGAAUGUCUGCUAUGACAAAGCCUUCCCCAUUUCUCAUAUUAGGUUCUGGGUGCUCCAGAUUAUUUUUGUGUCCACUCCCACUCUCAUCUACCUGGGCCAUGUCCUGCACAUUGUGCGGAUGGAAGAAAAGAAAAAAGAGAAAGAGGAAGAGCUGAAGAAGUGCAUUAAAGGUAAUAAUGAGAAAGAACUUCUCCUCAAAAAGGGUGCUGAGAAGAAAGAAAAACCCCCUAUAAGAGAUGAGAGGGGAAAAAUUAGAAUAGGAGGUGCCCUCCUCCGCACUUACGUCUUCAACAUUAUCUUCAAGACUCUGUUUGAGAUUGGCUUUAUCGUAGGACAGUAUUUCCUGUAUGGUUUUGAGCUAAAGCCCCUUUACCGUUGCAACCGUUGGCCUUGCCCCAACACUGUGGACUGUUUCAUUUCCAGGCCAACUGAAAAGACCAUUUUUAUCAUAUUUAUGCUUGUAGUGGCUUGCGUGUCUCUUUUGCUGAAUAUGUUAGAGAUCUAUCACUUGGGAUGGAAGAAACUCAAGCAGGGCAUGACUAACCAGUAUAUCCCCGAUCCCUCUUGCAAUAAAGCAGAUCCUCCCAGUAUGCUCUCGCGAACUGCCCUUCCAAGCAUGGCUUUCCCACCAUAUUAUACUGAUGCAGCUGCAGCCCCAACCAUGCACCAUGUAUAUGCUAGGUCCCCCCUCUCUGAUUUUAAAAUGUCAUCACUUGCAGAAGAACCUCUCGAUGAAUCCUACUUCAGUGGCCGCCUUGAACAACAUACGUUAGCCACUGAGCAGAACUGGGACAACCUGGCAGUAGAGCGGGAAAGGAAGCCUGGAUCAAGCAGUGCUAGUGCUUGCAGUGCAACUACUUCUGCUCCAAGCAGCGUAAGAAACGAGGAAGGGAGCGAGGAGGUUGUGGGACCAGUGGUUUCAGGAAGCGGAAGCAACACUGAAGCAGAUGGGGACAACAAACCAGCCACUACCACCGUAGAGAUGCACCAGCCUCCUGUGUCGAUAGACACGAGAAGGCUCAGCAGGGCUAGCAAGUCCAGCAGUAGCAGAGCUAGGUCAGAUGACUUAGCCGUGUAGCAGUGGAGCUAGCAUCAAACAGAGAACCAGAGACAUCAGCGGAGGUAUUCGCUGUACAUACAAAAAUGAAGAAAUGCUGAAAAAAAAUAAACAUAUUCUGUUAACCCAUUGAGUGCUAGGGUGCCUGUUUUAGUCACCCUUGGCACUGAAUGGAUUUUGACAAGUCAUUACAAUGUAACAUACAGUAUGCAUCUAAGUAAAAGAGAGAGAUUAAUAAAGUGGCAAAGAAACCUAUUAAGCUUGUUAUCCCAAAUUCCAAGCUUGCUGUUAUUGCACACUGUGAGUUGUAGAUAGCACUUCGUCAAUUUUGAGUUAGACACUAGAAAUUUUAGUUGUAACUUAUACUUUGUCCUUCUAAACUGCAACAAAACCAUUAUUGAAGUGAAAUAUAAAUACUCAGUGUUUUUUGCACACAAAUGCUUUCAUGAUGCUAAGAAGUGAACGAGGACAGCUGAUGACUAAACACUGAGAUGGGUAUGUACUAAAAGUGCAACAUGUAAUGUGCUGUACAGAAAGAAUAAAAUAUGCCGUCAAUACAUUCUUAAGCUAUGCUAAAGAAAUUGAAGACACAACACUAGUGCACUAUUAUCUGUAAACACUACUGACUAAAAAGGUGAAUAAUAUAAAUUUAUAAUAAUAAAAAGUAGGCCCAUCAAGAAUAUAUACAUAACAGUACAUACAGUGCUCUGUAAACAUGCUAUAGAAAUACCAUCAUGAAUUAAUGCCCAUGUUAUGUUAAUGAAACAGUGCACUGGCCCAUUUAUUUGUUAACAAUGUACAUAUCUCAGAUGGCCAUGUGAGUGUGAAUGAAUAUAUAUAUAAAUAUAUAUAUAU